AUGUCUGUGGUUAACACCAGUUCAUCACCGUUGGAAAACGGCGGAUUUGGCCUGCAUCGUGGGUUCAGUUCCAGUUCUGAAAAAAUAGGACCCAACACCACGCCUGGAAACUCCUCUCCAGUGCACCAGGGUUCUUUAGGCUUGGCUGGAUCGAGCUCCAGCAAUAACUCGCCUCUUCAUCUGGCAACCAUGCUCAAUAACUUGGCCAUGAGUGGUCCAGCGUCAACAUCUCCCACCCAAGGUCCCUAUGUGCUACAACUGAAAAAUAUUCCUCACGACAUCACAAUGAGAGAAUGCCACGCUAUAUUUGCUCUAGCAGAUGGCGUUAGCGACAUCGAACUUUUCAAUAGUUCCAAAGACUACAGCAAUCUUGAUCAAGCUACCGGACUAUCAGCCAAAUUCGAUUCUUUUCAUUUAGUAACUCAGUAUGCCUCAAUACUGGACGGAAAGUCUCAAAUUUUUGGACCCGAGUUCCCUUACAGAUCCCAGGUCGAAGUUUUCGAUGAAUACACUCAACAGCAUAUUCCUUUCAAUCAAAACUUGCAAUCCUCUCCCAAGCACCAGAUUCAAACGUUACCACAACACAAUCUACAGCAUUCUAAAUCGCAAGAUGAAAGGCAGCAACAGCAGCAGCCACAACAACAGCCACAACAUGACCAAAACGAACAAAACGCGCAUCUUUCCCAACAGCAUCAACAACAAAAUGCAUUUCAGCUACCUGGCCCAUCCAACGUGGUAUCUCCACCCCAAUCUGCAUCAUCAGCUAAAAGGCCUGGCCUUUAUGGUCAACGGUCUCGAUUUUCGUUUUCUGACCCUUUCACUGCUGAUAAUGCUCAACAAUCUCAACCACAAUCGCAAGAUUUAGCUACUACUCCUUUGAAGUCUCAAGACGCUGGGAAGUCAUUUUUGCUGAUGGAAAAUGAUGAAAUAAAUGAAAGCAUAUGGGGAUCAAAUGGUGGGAUGCCGACAAGCAUGAAUGGCCUUGCUACAUCGUCCCAGCCCGCGACGCCCUCGUUAGAGUGGGGCCCACCUCAAAGAAAACAAAGUUCUUCAUUUUUCAAUGCAGUCACUGCUAACAACGUACCUACGAAUGACAUGUCUGCUAUGAAUUUGUCAACUGCUCUGCCGCAUCAAAUGGGGGCCAACUUGCAACAACAUCAAAAUUUAUCAUUCAGUAUGGGAGGUCACAAUUCGGCUGCUAAUACGGGUUCAUCAAGUGACAUGACGUUACCUCAGCAGCCCCAGCAAAGACAACAACAAACCCCAGGUCAAUUAGUAUCAGCUGGUCCACAACCCCAAGAGCCUGAGAAUACUAAUGGAUCUCAAAAAUCUCCCGGGCAAAGGUCAAGUACAUCAAAAGGUUCCCAAUCCAAUCUUGUUACCCCUCAGAAGACCACUUCAUCAACAUCACUUCCGUCAACAGGUGGCAUCUCUCAGGUGGACCUAUCCUUGUUGGCACGUGUUCCACCUCCCGCUAACCCUGCUGAUCAAAAUCCGCCCUGCAACACUUUGUAUGUUGGGAAUCUACCACCUGACGCUACGGAACAUGAGUUACGCCAAUUGUUUUCUACUCAAAAGGGAUUUAGAAGGCUUUCUUUCAGAAAUAAAAAUACAAACGGCAAUGGUCAUGGCCCAAUGUGUUUUGUCGAAUUUGAAGACGUGGCUCAUGCUACUCGUGCCCUAGCCGAACUUUACGGGAGGCAACUUCCUCGUUCAGGCGCCAGUCACAACAACAAAGGUGGUAUAAGAUUAAGUUUUUCAAAAAAUCCAUUAGGAGUACGGGGACCCAACAGCAGAAGAAGUGGAAAUGGGGGUAGUGUUAGUAACGGAAACUACAGUUACACUUCUGCAUUUAACAAAUGA